GGGGUGGUGGUGCUAGCGCUGCUAUUUCAUUGGAGCAUUUCUUCCUCUCUCUCAAGCAGUACUACCUGGAGCUCAAGAAAGAGGGUGGGUCCAGGGCCACACCCACUGGGUCACCGAUAACCCCUUUGGAGCUGGACGGCCUCAGGGGGGUGCUCUCUCUCAUAAGGAUUAUUGAAAAAUAUGACGAAAAUGCUCGUAUUGUCAUGUACGAGAACCAGUCAUGGUUACCGGUAGCGUCUCUAUUCGGAUUGGUCGGUUGCCCUGUACCACGAGAACUGAAGGCAGACGUAUUAGAGACACUGGCUGUGUUUGCCCGCACUCCAGAAAUUGCCGCCUCCAUGUGGCAUACCCUAGAGGUCGCGCAGAUACUCACGACAAGUCACUCUAAGGUGCCAACGCACGACUCACGAGCUUUUGGUCACCAUGGCAACCAAGACGGUGGUAUUCAGGUUGAACUAGACGAGCUUGAGUCUCAGAUUGAAGAGUACUGUCUCACUAGAGCAUUUCUGUCCCUCCUCAACGCACUGAUUGAUGUGCCUCCCCCUCCUGGUCUGGGGACGGGGCACAGGGUACCAGGGUUUGACCCCUACCUAGAGUUCGUGCGUGAUAACAUGUUCCUGAAGUUUGACUCUCGUGGCUAUCGCAAUGCAGAGGAGAAGUGGCAGGUGGCUAGUCUGGCGCUGGAGAUACUGCACAAGCUGCUCCUCUCGUACGAAGUCUCACCUGAGGAUUUUGUGAACCAGUACUAUGACACUCCGGAGAUGGGCGGGGCCAUGGUUCCUAAGCAACCAGGACACACCCUCCUACUGCACAUGCUCAACGACUCUAAGCUACUCAGAAAGAUCCGCUCAGUGAUAGACACUGCCUACCUCCAUCUGUCUGACCCUGGUACCACAUCCUCUGAGGCACUGGCACACACGGCGCUCCUCUGUCUCAAGAUGCUGGAGACUGCGUUCAGCAAAGAGUCAUCCUUCCUGGAUCAACUGAGGAAUACCCAUGACCAUGGUAUCAUCACAAGCCCUCUGAAUGAGUUGCUAGGCAGCAUCAACUCUCGUACUGGCAAGGCUGACUUCAUCGUAACUAUUGCCAGAUACGCCACACUGACAGAGUGCAGUCCAGAGCUCUCCCUCACAGCAGUGCAGAUACUAACCUGGGUGUGUCAGUCACACUUGUCCGGCUCACAGACUGUCAAUCACAUCCUUAGUGACAAGGAUGUGUGCUCGGAGAUCUUACAGGGAUUUGUGGAGCAAUUAGAGAUGGAGGUCGAAGGUCAACUACCAACAGAAGGGGACCCCCUCUCGAGUGUGGCGGGUGUACAUCAGGCAGUCAAGCUGGGUAUACUCACACUGCUCUCACUCUGUGUGGACCACCCCCCUCCAAACAUCACACAUCUGUUGCUAGGAUAUGAGACGAGCUCUGAGAAGAGUGUGUCUGAUACCAACCUACAGGACCCUGGUGUGAUGGGUGCUCCUCGUACGUGUCUGCAUUCCAUUCUGUCCCUCCUGGAACACGGACAAGACUCUGGUUGUCAUUACUCCAAUCCAAAACUGGCCGAGCUUUGCUACAAAGUUAUAUACCAGCUGUGUGUCAGUCGUCAUCUCUCCACACCCACCCUCCGCUAUCUCCGUAGCAACCACGAGUUUUUCUCGAGUCAGCUCUCAAAGUUACCUCUAAACGUUUCCAUACUUCAGGACGAGAAUGACGAGGGUGUGUUAAACUCUCAGCAGGUGGCUGUGUUGCAUGAGGAGGCGUGGCUUAUCAAGACGCUGGCCGUAGAGCUACGCAUGACCACUCUCAAUCACCAACGUUCACACGCACAGAGGAUUGUCAACCUUCUCCUGAACGAACCGACCAAUGAGAAUGCAGAAAUAGAUCACACAACAGACUAUGGCGAACAAAGUUCGGAUUUCAAUUUUCUUCACGAAAAGAAACGGAAGAUUCUCUUACUUUUGGAUAGCGUGGAUUUCUCGGAGAAAGACACACCCAUUUUUGACCUGCAAUUUUUCGACCAAUCGGCUAUGGAAGAAGCGAUCAAGUCAUGUGAAGCUAAGGUGAAGAUUUAUGUGUCAUAUACACCCACACACGCACACACGCACACAAUCACCUACACACGCACGCUCACACACACGCUCACAGGAGGAGUGAGUGGGGGUGGGUACACGGACGUGAAGGCACUCCAUCGUCUCCUCAUGAUGGAGCUCAACAUGUUACAGGGAACAGGGGCAGCUGGUCAGAGACAGAGCGUUCUAGAGGAGAUUCACGAGAUUCUGGUAGUGGUAGUGAUGAGGAACAGGGUGUUUGAUUGUAACCAUGGCAAUAGCGAGUUGUUUGAAAGCUGGAGACAGUUGGUGGAAGUGGCGCUGCAUAGUCUGGGUCAGGUGGGGGUCAAGAGUGAGGUCAAAGUGGCAGUUCUCUUCGAGCUUAUACAAGACCUGCUAUUGAAGGUGUCUGGUAGCGACUCCUCCGAGCUGACCUCCUCUGUACAGGGGGUGGUCCUCAUGCUCCUCUCUCACCUCCGUCAGACACUGGCCACACCCACUGAGAACCAAGACGCAGAUGGUAGUGAUGGCCUCUCCUCCCUGUACGUGGGUCCCCUGCACGCCAUUCUCAAGGGGCUGGUGGACAACCUCCUCCGAUCUCCAUCGUCCAAUCAGAAGGCCCGAGCCUAUCUCAGCGGAGCACUGCUGUAUUACCUCGUGCUCACUAAGAGACAGAAAGAGAGGCAGGGGAAACAGGCUAGUCUGUGGCGUACUGACAAGGAGGAGGACACUCUCUCCUCUGGGAACCUCUCUGUACUCUCAAGUUUUGGAGAGUCGUUCAUGGACAUGGUUGCUAAGAAUGCUUGCAGCUGGCAUGCUGUCUCCAGGAUGCUCUCCUUGUCGCUACUCGAUGCCAUUGUUGCCCUGGACUACCCGAGUGUGUGGUUGAGGUUCCUCUCCUCCAAGGGAUACCUACAGAACCUCUGUGCUAGCGUACUAUGGGAAGAUGAGGCUCUCGUUAAGAUGACUACGCCCACUCCCGAGGCACUCAGAGCUCUCUAUGUCUACGAGUCAAAAAUGGUGGGUAGUUCUUUUAAUUAGAUAGUACAUUUUAAUUGCUGGUAUGCUGCCUCUAGAUUACUUACAGAUCUAAUUUCGUACAUCUGAGUAAAGUUUUUAAUUGGACAUACUAAAAUUG